UGACGCCCCCUUCAGAUGGCGCUCCCCACGCUGCCCUCCUACUGGUACAGCCGGAGGCCCCUGGACCAGAAGGUCGCGCGCCAGCGAGAGCAGGAGGCCCAGCUUCGCCAGCAGUGGGAGCAGAACAGCCGUUAUUUCAAGACUUCCGACAUCCACAGCUUCAAACAGGCCGAAUGGAGCUCCCAGACCUCCUACCAAAGGAGUAUGCACGCCUACCAGCGUGAGAAGAUGAAGGAGGAGAAGAGGAUGAGUCUGGAGGCUCGUCGUGAGAGACUCAGGCAGCUUGUGCUGGAGGAGCAGGACCUGCUGGCCGCUGAGCUGCAAGGGCUGAAGUUGAACAUGAGCCUGCGGGAACAAACAAUCCGGGAACAGCACAGAGAUCUGAAGUCAGCCCGGGAAGAACGAAGAAAGCUGAUUGCUGAACAGCUUUUAUAUGACCACUGGAAAAAGAACAACACCAAGCUUCGCGAGCUUGAGUUGGACCUUCACAAGAAGCAUGUGAUAAAUUCUUGGGCAACACAGAGAGAAGAAAGAAAACAGCAAGAAGCCAGUGAGGAGCAGGAGAAGAAGCGGUUUGAAAAUGAGUAUGAAGUGGCCCGCAGGGAAGCGAUGGAGCGGAUGAGAGCAGAGGAGGAGAGGAGGCAGCUGGAGGAGAAGCUGCAGGCCCAAGCCCUGUGCCAGCAGAUGGAGGAGCUGAAGCAGAGGGAGCUGGAGGCAACCAAGCUGAAGAAGGAACAGGAGAACCUGAUGAAGCAGCGCUGGGAGCUGGAGGCCCUGGAGGAAGAGAGAAGGCAGAUGGCAGCCCUCCGGCGCAAGGCGGAGCUGGGGCGCUUCUUGAGACAUCAGUACAAUGCACAGCUCACCCGGCGGACCCAGCAGGUCCAGGAGGAGCUGGAGGCAGACGGGCGGAUCCUGCAGGCACUCCUGGAGAAGGAAGACGAGCUGCAGCGUGUCCAUCUGGCCAGGCGGGAGCAGGCCCAGGCCGAUGUGGCCUGGAUGAAGCAGGUCAUCGAGGAGCAGCUGAAGCUGGAGAAAGCUCGGGAGGCUGAGCUGCAGCAGCUGCUGAGGGAGGAGGCCAAGGAGAUGUGGGAGAAGAGAGAAGCAGAGUGGGCUCGAGAGCAGAGCGCGCGCGACAGACUGAUGAGUGAGGUUUUGGCGGGGAGGCAGCAGCAGAUUCAGGAAAAGAUGGAGGAGAACUGGCGGGCACAGGAGGAGACGCUGAGACACAGAGAGAAACUCCUGCAGAGCCUGCAGGAGGCCAGGCAGGCAGCUCAGCGCGCAAAGGACCAGAGCCAAGAGCUGAAGUCAGCCAGGAAGCAGGAGCUGGAAGCCCAGGUUGCAGAGCGUCAGCUGCAGGCCCAGGAAGCGGCCCAGCAGGUGGAGGAGGAGGAGGAGGAGCACAGGCGGGCAGAGCAGCUCUCCGAUACCCUGCUGCAGCAGGAGGCGAAGACCAUGGCUGAGGAGGGCUACCGGCCCAAGGCCUAUGGACACACCAGAAUUGCCUGGGACUGAUGGCGAGCAGAGACACAUGCAGACUUGAUACACAGAUCCAGACAUUUGUACAGUGCUUGGUUCUGGCCAGGGCUCAAGUUGCUGCUGUGUCUGUAAUUCGACCAUGCCUGUUCAGGCACACCGUGGUCCAGCUUCAUGUCAAGAUGCCACAGGUGUGCAGUGCCCAAUGAGAGCCCUCCCCUGCCUUCCUCUCCCAGACUGGUCUUUCAGACAGUGCUAUCCAGAGAUCAUAUCUAAACAGACUUUAGAGCUGCUACAGUAGUAUCCCCAGGACGGGGGAUACGUGUCUGUACGUGUCAGCCGGGACCUCGAGCCCGAGGGAGGAGGGGACAUUGCAGGUUUUGAAGUUGCUGUUUAGUAAGUUCUUCUGUGGAAGGCAGACUUUGUAAGUCUUGGUGUAGCUCUUUCUGGUUAUUAGAUGCAUAGCCCCAAAGGGUCACGUGUACUCUGGAAGAGCCUGGCAUUAUUGUGCUUUCUGGAAAGUGGGUGACAAAGGAGCUCUGUGUUCUGGCAGUGUGAGGGUUCCCAUGGGGGCUGCUUCCCUGCAGCCUUUGGCCCUCGUAUCAGCCCCAGCAACCCCAAAAAGAAAAGAAUCCCAUAGAGCAUUGGAACUCAUGCUGCCCGAGAAGAGUCCUCAAGGUCACCUGGUGGGCUAGCCUGGUAAAAGCAUUUGUUUAACUCUGAAGCUAUGUUACUUUGCCUGUCUAAAACACCUGAUGGUGUAAUAAAGAGCUCAUCAGUCUACAGCGUGAGAAAGGGUAGGCAGGGCUGGCGUGCAGAGAGAAUAAAUAGGAAGAGAAAUCUGGGACGAGAAGGGGAUGCCGGGGGCCAGCCACCCAGCCAGCCAUGGAGUAAGAAGUAAAGAAAGGUAUACGGAAUGGAGAAAGAUUAAAAACUCAGAGGCAAAAGGUAGAUGGGAUAAUUAAGAAAAGCUGGCUAGAAACAAGCCAAGCUAAGGUUGGGCAUUCAUAAGAAUAAGCCUCUGUGCUUUGAGAGACGUGUGUCGGUCCCCCAAAGAGCAAAGAUUAAAAAACAAACUAAC